CGAGACAAACACCCUAUUCUAACCUCAGCCAAAUGCCCACAUGACCAAAACCCGCAUCACCACUCGCAACUGUCUCAUCCUUUGCUCGUCUCAAAUCCUCAUGACCUUGUUCCUUUCUUCGAGUACAAGCUCUACGCAAACUCUGAUGGCGAUCACGACCGUCUCCUCGACCUCUCAGGGCUCCCUGACCCGAGACUCUUUGCAACCCACAUGCCCUUCGGAGCUCUACAAGAGCCCAUCAAGAAGUCGGGUUGCAAGAUUGUGUACAUAUGUAGGAACCCUUUGGACACGUUCAUCUCCUCGUGGAUUUAUACCAACAAGCUGAUGAAAGAGGGUGGCCUUCCACCUUUGCCCUUGGAGGAGGCAUUUGAGAUGUAUUGCCAAGGGGUACGUAGUUGGGUUUGGUCCAUUUUGGGAUCAUAUGUUGGGGUACUGGAAGGACAGCUUGGAGAGGCCAGAGAAAGUGUUGUUCUUGAAAUAUGAGGAGAUGAGAGAGCACAAUCAAGGGCUUCAUUUGAGGAAAUUGGCCAACUUUCUUGGCUGUCCAUUUUCGUUGGAGGAAGAGAAGAGUGGUGUGGUAGAUGGGAUUGAAAAGCUCUGUAGCUUCGAGAAGCUCAAGGAUUUGGAGGUGAACAAGAGCGGGAGUGGGGCGAUUAUAAACUUUGAGAACAAGCAUUUGUUCAGGAAAGGGAAGGUUGGGGAUUGGGUCAAUUACCUGUCUCCUUCCAUGGUGGAGAAGUUGUCACAAGUAAUGGAUGACAAACUUGGUGGCUCUGGCCUUGUGUUCAAACUGUUCGUUUCAUAAUAAUAAUAAUAAUAAUAAUAAUAAUAAGUGAACUUAAAUUUUAUUAAGCUAAAUAAACUUGUUAUCAUUAUAUUUAGGUUUAAUACAUUUGUAUAUCCAAAACUUUCACGAUUGUGCCAAUAAUAUCAAAAUUUCCUGAAAUACCACUUAUAGCCAUGUUUUAAAGUUGUUCUUUGCCAAACCUAUCCAUUUCCGUUAAAUACUUUGACUGCGUUAAUAACUCCGUCAACAUAGCUGACGACAAGCUGACUGGGCGCCAAAUAAGCAGACACGUAAGCGCCAAAUAUGUCAAAGGUGACACGUAAGAAAUUAAAAAUAAUUUUAAAAUAAUUUAAAAUAAUUUCCCCCAUCCCAUUCCAUAUCUUCGAUGUCCCCAAUUCUCCGCCAAUUUCGAUUUCCCGACGUCCUGUGCCGAUUGCGAACUUCUCUGGUUAACAACGAGCUGGGCCGACGGCGGCGGUGGAAUCAUUCUCCAUAAGCAAAUCGACUUCAAAGUCUGCAGGGGAUCCAAAUCUCGCAGCAGCUCUGCUUCUCCCCUAGGUUGUUCCCUGCUCUGCUCCUCUCUUCGUUACCCAGCGCUCACCAACUAUCACCUCCGUUAACCUUCUCUUCCUCUUCCCACCUUCAUCUCCUCUUCUUUGAAAAUCUCGAAUUUACAAACCCAUUCAAACAAAAAAAAAUCCCCAAUUCAAAACUCCCCCCUGUCGAUGACUAUGCCUUGUUCGUUUCAGAAGCACUUCAGAAGAGGAGCAUGUGGCGAAAUUUGAUCUGGGUACAGAUCCAACUACAAAGAUUUUGAGGGCAGCAACGAGACCUAGAAACAACAGUUACCCCUCGUACUUUUCUCUUCCUUUAAUUGAGACAAGAUUUGCCACCGGAUUUGCGACUUGUCGAUGUCGUGGAUAGGCUAUAAUCGGAGGGCGGUGGAAAGGUCUAGCGGAGACGAUUUUGGAGGCGGUUGCAUGAGGAGAGGGUUUGAGAGUUGCUUGAGCCAAAGAGUGUUUCAGAGAAAGGGGGAUUUGGGCGGCGGCGGAUUCUUUUCGUCUUCCCAAAACCCUAUCCUCAUCUCAUCCUUAUCCAAACGAGCCAUAUUGAGUAAUCCCUCAUCUAGAGGGAGAAGCGGAGAAUGAAGCCCGCAAUGGCGAUACUGAACGGAAGACGGGAACAAAAGUGGGCGACGCAAGAUCUGAUUUGGGGAUAAUAUUUUGGUCGGAGUUGGAAGGAUCCGACGAACAUGCUUUGAAGGCGAAGAGAUGGGUGAUGGGAAGAGAUAAGACAGAGCAGUUGGGCUUUUAACUUUUUUUUUUCAUUUCAUAAAUCCACGUGUAUAUUUACAAACAAAAUUGAAGAUAAGAGUUUGCCACGUCAGCAUCUCCGUUUGCGCAGUCACAUUUAACGUUAACAGCGUUAAAGAAUUGGACGGAAGUGGAUAUAAGUGGUGUUUCGGGAAAUUUGGAUAUUAUUGGCACAACGUUGAAAGUUUUGGAUAUACAAGUGUAUUAAACCUUAUAUUUAAUGUUGCAUUUUUUUUAUUCGGGAAGACCAUGGUUACCUUGAGAAAUGUCUGUAAUGGUGCUGAUGAUAUGUGUUAAGUAUUAAAAAGAUUCUAUUUGCUAAUUACUUACAGUAGGAGAAUUUGUAUCGAAAUGAUUUGCACAAUUUUUAGAAUUUGGUUGUAAAAACUAAAAUUUGAAACUUUAA